AUGUCGCUAGAGGAAUCACUUGCCAAAGUGCGAGUACUCUCUUCGAGUAAAAUCCCAGCACAGAUUAAGCAAGCUGGCUUGCUCAAUGCUGUGGAGUCGGCUCUUCUCGAUGAUGGCACUAGCCUCACGCCAGCUGCAUACUUUGCAUCGUUGAUCUCGCUGCUCGAUCAAACCAGUGUACUCUCAUCAGCGCUUUAUUUGCUCGCUAUUAUUUCUCCUCAUGUUUCCCCAGGUCUCAUGAGCUCAAAACUUGAUGUGCUGGUUUCAAAACUGGCGCCUUAUCUUGCAGACCCUGAAGCAGAUGCUGCCUCGGUUCGCUCUUGCAUCGGUGUCCUGGAGUCUGCAUUGAUCGCCCAAGAUCUUGGUUCAUGGCAUGCUAGUGCAUCUGAGAUUGGUCCUAUGCGAGUAAUGACCGGUAUUCUUGCUCUGGCUCAAGACUCUCGGCCCAAAAUCCGCAAGCGGGCGGUCGAAGCUGUGUGUAACAUCUUGAAAAACCCCCCUGCUGGAAAGUCAGAACAUCCUGCAACUCUUUUGGCUGCUGCAACCGCAAUGAAAGCCGUACAAGAUGCUGAGGAGACAGCUGAAACAGUGCAUUGUUUGCAACUGAUCAAAUCCAUCGUACAAAGCCAAUGGCCAUCUUCAAGGGUUUCGCCGUUAUGCGAAGCUCUUUUGCGUUGCGCCCGCACAAACGAUCAGUAUGUUGUGGUAGCUGCUCUGGACGUCUUUGAUGCUUUGUUUGCUUCCCUUGACUCUGAAGCCGUUGAAGCUUCUAAGGUUCAGGCCAUUCUUUCUUCUUUGAACGAGCUUUCUCCUGCUACAACAGACAAGCAACUUACACCGGCAUGGUUCGCUGUUUUGGCUCAAGCCUACGGAUCAUAUGCUGCUGUUGACAAUGAAGCUGCUCUCGAGGCACUCCCUGACCUCUUUACCCGCGUUAAAGAUUACCUUACAUCCGUCGUUCCCGAGGUAAUUGAAUCAGCUUGCCAAUGUUUGGUUGCUGCAAUCACACUCACUUUGACCCCUGAGGCCGUUUUAAAUGUAAACAGAUCGAGUAAGGUUCUCAAAAACCUUGCUACCCAGCUGUUCGGCCUUCUGCAAGUCAAGUACCAGCUUGCUUGGGCCCAGGUAUGCGAGGUUUUCGUGGCUUUCUUAGAUUCUGCACAAUGGAGAGCGCCCGCUGAUGAUGCAAUCAAGGUCAUCGGUGCUUUGAGAAAUGAUGAGCGACUUUCAGCUGCCCGUGAUGCUACAGACUCAGUUAUUGCCGCGGCUAUUCGGGCUCUUGGCCCCGAAAGAGUUAUUGAGCUUGUUCCCCUUCAACUUUCAGUUUCGGAUCACGGUGGUGCUGGCAGAGCGUGGAUGCUGCCUCUUCUGCGUGAUAAUACCCAACAUGCUCAUUUGCAGCAUUUCAUCGUCUACUUUGUCCCUCUGGCCGAAGAGCUCGGUGAAGCAGCACAGAGUAUGCAAAAUGCGAGGAACGCCAAAAUUAUCUCGACUGUUCGUAAUCAGAUCUGGAAUCUUCUGCCUCGUUAUUGCGAUUUACCCAAAGACACCACUAAAGCCUUGACAAAAGAGUUUGUUGGCAAACUCAUGUCUCUUCUUUACGAAUCUCCCGAAUACCGACCGGCAAUUUGUCAAGGUCUUAAGUUGUUGGUUGAAUCUAAUCUCGUUUAUUCACAAGGUGCUAUCCAAGACCCACUGCUGCUCGCUCAGUUCUCUCUUAAGGAUGCCAAGCAGAGCUUAGAUUACGUCGCUGAGAACUUUGGUGUUGAUAUCCUCAAGGUCAUUUUGAACGUAUUCACCAAGACCAGCCACGAUUCUCGCGGUUAUCUCCUGGACACAAUCAAUGUGUAUCUUGCGGUUAUUGAUGGCGAAGCGCUCAAGGAAAUGUUCAACAUGGUGUCCAGCAUUUUGGCUGAAAACUUGGACACCAAGACUGGCGACAGCGAGCUUGCGCUUACUAUGAUGGACGUUAUUAUCGCCAUGGCGCCGUAUCUUGCUAAGGAGUCCCAGCAAGCCUUUUUCAACAUAUUCAUGACUGUCUCCAAAAAGUCUAAUGCACCUCUGCUGCAGAAGAAGGCGUUCCGUACUUUCACUCGUUUUGUCGACGCUCAUGAGGGACAGAUCCCUAAUCUUGGUGCGGUUUCUGAGUUUAUGAUUGAGCUUGCGCCGCUAGUUCAGCCAGCUGCUCGACGGACACGUCUUCAAGCUUUGCUGUUAGUUGUUCAAGCUCUUCCCAAGAGCGACCUGCACUUCAUUCCCACUGUUUUAUCCGAGGUGAUUCUUGCCACAAAAGAUGUAAACGAAAAAACCAGAGAGGCCAGUUUUGAGUUGCUGAUUGUUAUGGGCCAAAAAAUGGCCGAGGGUGGUGUUAUCGACCACGGCAAGAUCGCAGACCUGGAUGAUGAUGAAGAGGUGGCCGCCAACUUGGGUGAAUACUUUACUAUGGUGAUGGCAGGCCUCUUGGGGUCAACACCUUAUAUGAUCUCGGCUAGCAUUACUGCUCUUGCCUACCUAUUUUACGAGUUCAAAGAUGAAUUGGAUGAAGAGCAAGCUUUAGAAGUUGUUGAAACCGUUUGGACAUUCUUGACUUCACCAAAUCGUGAAAUUGUGAAGUCAGUUCUGGGCUUUGUUAAGGUAUCGAUUCUUGUCCUGCCCACAGAAGCCCUGGAACCUCGUCUCAGUGAGCUUCUCGAGAGCCUUCUUGGUUGGAGCAAGGACCAUAAAAAUCAUUUCAAGGCCAAGGUCAGACACAUUAUUGAGCGUCUUAUUCGCCGAUUCCCCUAUGACACGCUAGCCCAGCAUUUCCCUGAAGCGGACAUGAAACUACUUCAAAACGUCAACAAGAGUAAAGAACGGGCAAAACGGAAAAAGACGACUGAGGGUAGCCAUAGCAAUGGCCGCGGAAGAAAAUUCGACGAUGAGCUUGAUGAAGCGCUCUAUGGCUCCUCCGAGGACUCCGAGGAAGCAGAAGAAGAUCAGAAGCCAUCUCGCAAAUCCGCUGAUACCAGGCAGUCUAGAAAGAAAGGUAAUCAGCAGUACAUUGUCACCACUGAUGAGCCUUUGGAUCUUUUAGAUCAGGGUGCCAUGAGCCAUAUUUCAUCUUCCAAACCCCAGCUGAAUGCUCCCAAAAAGCAGCUUAAACACCAUCUUAAAGAAAAGGAUGGUAAAAUCAUCAUUCAAGAUGAAGAUGACGGUGAUGCACUUAGCGCCAAGUCUGCUAUUUCUGCUUAUGUCGAUGCUGUUCGUAGCGGACCUGUUCGCACACAGCGCGGUAAGCUCAAGUACAAGCGCGGUAAGCGGGCUCAGGACGAACUUGACGACGAAUCCGAUGACGAGCAAACAAAGCCGGCAAAGAAUAAGCGUAUUGCCAAACCCAAGUCCCGCCUUCCCAAACGUCGUCGGUUUUAA